AUGAUUGUUUUGACUGUGACAAAAAUUUUACUUGCAGAAACAUCGUAUACGUAUUCGCAAUUUCAAAAGUCGGGGCGCUUUACGGCGCCAGCUACCGUUAUUCCACGCUUCAAAAACUACUCAGUGGACGAUUUCCAUUUCCUUGCGGUGUUGGGCAAAGGCAGUUUUGGCAAGGUGCUGCUGGCUGAGCUACGCGACACCACCUACUACUACGCAGUCAAGUGUCUGAAGAAAGAUGUCGUUCUCGAGGAUGACGAUGUCGAUUCAACCUUAAUUGAACGCAAAGUGUUGGCAUUGGGCACCAAACAUCCGUAUCUGUGUCACCUGUUUUGCACAUUUCAAACAGAGAGCCAUUUGUUCUUCGUUAUGGAAUACCUCAACGGUGGGGAUUUAAUGUUCCACAUACAGGAGAGUGGACGUUUCCCGGAAGAACGCGCGCGAUUCUACGGUGCCGAAAUAAUAUCCGGUCUGAAGUUCCUACACAAGAAAGGCAUCAUAUACAGAGAUCUUAAGCUGGACAAUGUGCUGCUGGAUUACGAAGGGCACGUCCGAAUUGCCGAUUUCGGUAUGUGCAAAUUGCAGAUCUACCUCGACAAAACAGCGGACAGCUUUUGCGGAACACCAGACUAUAUGGCGCCUGAAAUCAUAAAGGGCGAAAAAUACAAUCAAAAUGUGGAUUGGUGGUCAUUUGGUGUUUUGCUCUAUGAAAUGUUGAUUGGUCAAUCGCCGUUCAGCGGCUGCGAUGAAGAUGAAUUAUUUUGGUCGAUCUGCAAUGAGAUUCCAUGGUUCCCCGUUUACAUAUCCGCAGAGGCCACCGGCAUUUUGAGAGGGCUACUCGAAAAAGAUUACACCAGGCGCAUUGGAUCUCAGUACAGCCCUGCUGGCGACAUCAGCGAGCACAUAUUCUUCAGACCCAUAGACUGGGAUUUGUUGGAGAAGCGGCAGUUACCGCCGCCCUUCAAGCCACUUGUGAAACAUCCAUUGGAUACUCAAUAUUUCGACCGCGUUUUCACCAAAGAACGCGUGCGACUGACGCCCAUCGAAAAGGAAAUUCUGCAGUCCAUGGACCAGAAACCAUUCAUGGGAUUCACAUAUACAAACCCACACAUCACCUUAGAUUAAAAUUACUAAUUAUAAACAUACCUAAAUGCGUAAUAACUGUCUGUAUUCUGAUAGAGAUAUGGGUAUCAGUAAGUUUAAGGAGACCUAAGGCCUAAUAAUUGAUUUGGAAAAUACUUUGCUAGGGACCUUUGGCAAUAGAUUGAGAUAGCAAUCUGAAGUUUGUUUCAAACCAGUAUUUAAACCAGGAUAGUUUAGUUUAGGGAAAUCAGAGUUAAGUGCAUAUUUUUAAACAUAAGAAAUCAAUUCAUCCUUUUAAAUACCAUUAUCCUUGUUGUUAAAAAAUAUAUGUUUGUAUGUACAUAUAUUUGGGAUUUACAAGAUGUUUAACACGUUAUAAAGCCGUACGAUCGUAAAAUUUUACAAGAGCUUAACAUUUUGUUGUUGUCUUGCAUAGAAAAGGAAUACAACUAUGAGUUCUGUGUAGUAAUUUUAUGAGACUACAUACAUAUGUGAAUCCACGGAUAGUAUUUUAAGACAAUUAACACUUACGAGUUCAUUGAAGCCGGCAAGCUUUUGAAUAAACUACAAAACAGUACAUACAUAUAAAAGUACUAUACAUAAAAGUAUACAUAUAUUUAUUUCCAUACAAAAAAAAAUGUUAUAAAGAAAUUUAACAUUAAAUCAUCGCCCCGUGAAGAUUUCUAAAGAGACUUACUUAUUCAUAAAAAAAAGUCGUACAAGCAGUGUGACCCUAUUUAGUAUUAAGCUAGUCAAACCCGGUAAACACAUAGAAAACUAUUGCUAAAUAUUAACUAAUGUUACCUGUGUACAGACAAAAUUAUCGAGAUAUUUUAAGUUACUCGUAAUGUGUUUUAGAAAUACUACAUAUGUAAAUAAUUAUAAAAUGGUUUUAUUAAUAAAAUUAAACAGAAAAUGAA